AUGUCUUCCGCUGGACUUCCAAAUCUACUACUGGCCGGACAGCCUUCCGCAAAGGUGUUCGACAAGGGCUUAAUCUAUAUGGCUUUUAUGACGGCGCGACCAAAGCCCUUUCCUGGUCGGGAUACUACUGGAAGGGUGGCACCCUCGUCUACAGCUUCGGUGAAGGCCUGUGUAUGUAUCCCAGCGUGUUCCCUGACAGCUCCUGUAGGACUCCUUGCUUUUACAGCUAGCCGGGACACCGAUCUAAUCGAAAAAGCCAUGGCGGCGAUAGCCUCCCAAACCUGUGUGCGAUUUCGCAGGACUCGGAAUGCCCAGGAGCCGCAGGUGGUCAUACAGCGGAAGGAGGCCGGCUGCUGGUCGUACGUGGGCUUCCUGGGCAGGCAGCAGCAGCUCCUCAACCUCGGCGAGCGGUGCAUGACCAGCGGCACGAUUCAGCACGAGAUACUCCACGCCCUGGGGCUGUUCCACACGCACUGCGACCCGCGGCGCGAUCAGUACGUGAAGAUCCACCCGGAGAACCUGAAGCCCGGCUACGAGCACAACUUCCGACUGCUCGGGAUCGGCCAGGACCCACAAAUGACAGACUUUGGCCUGGGCUACGACUACGAAAGCCUCAUGCACUACGGGGAGUACGCAUUCUCCAGGAACGGCCUGCCGACGAUAGUGCCGCUUCGGAGGGGCGUGCGGAUUGGCCAGGCCAAGGGCCUGAGCGCAAAGGAUGUGCGGAAGCUAAACCGCAUGUACUGCAGAGGAAACUAAGGGCAACCGCAUCCCAUCUCCAAGUAAUCGCCACAUUUGCAAUUCCAACGAGUUGUGGCACUUGACAGGAAACAAGAAUCUCCUCCUCCCCGGCCUCCUGCGGGCGCCGUUAAUCCACAAAACAAAAAGAGCUCUAGCCGUGCUAGAGGAAGUGUUUGCCUUUGCCUUUACCUUUGCCGGCAACUAAAAAUUGAAUAUUUAGUGGUCGUAAUUAAAAAUUAGCGCGCUGGGCAACUAACCAACAAGCCAGCCAGCCAGACAGACAGCCAGCUACCAGCCAGUCGAGAGCUUCCUCAGCCAUGGCUCGUAAUCCCAGGACCAACUAUCUGCCACACAAGGACCCGCAUGUAGUCGUACAUAUAUUUGGUUUUUUAAUGGCACAAAGCCCCACCCGGCCAGAGCUGGGGGCUACCUGCAAACACCGAACGGAAGUCGUAAACAUUUAAUUUAUGCAAGCAAUGCAUUCAGUUUUUUAGCUGCAUCUAAAGAUGGGCUAAUAUCGUCUGCCAGGGAGGGCCAGGGACGGUCAGGGAGCGGUUCCUGGGGCCUGCAGCGACAUCCACCUUAUCUGUGCGGCUUGUGGCAAGUAGGACUGCAUUAGCGGCUAUGCUCGGGGACAUUAAGCGGGCCCUGAUCGAAUAUCUGCUUAAACAAAGUGAAUGGAAAGUGCGAAAGGGCUUUAUGGGGAAUAGCUUCUGUUUUGGGGUCCCUCCUUACGCUAUUCCCUAGCAAAAUAGAAGGUUUUUAGCUUGAUCUUGUGAUCUUUAGAGGAGUCUUUGAUGUGGUAUAUAUGUAUAUCUGCCCCC